GAGAAGAAAUAAUAGCAUAUAAACCACCUGGAUUCAAUUUGAUGUAUCAUCUAUUGAAUGAGUCCCCCAUGCUGGAACUGUCCCUUAGUUUGCUAGAAGAAGGGGUUAAGCAGCUUGAUACUUAUGCUCCGUUUCCUGGGAAGAAGCAUUUAGAGAAAGCUGUACAGUAUUGCCUUGCGCUUCUAAACUUAACCCUACAGAAGGAGAAUCUUUUUAUGGAUCUGUUGCGGGAGAGCCACCUUUCCCUUAUUGUCACACCACUGGAGCAGCUGCUUCAAGGAAUCAAUCCUCGCACUAAAAAGGCAGAUCAUGUGGUGAAUAUCGCUAGGUAUCUUUAUCAUGGAAACAGCAAUCCAGAACUGGCUUUUGAAAGUGCCAAGAUUUUGUGCUGUAUUUCUUAUAAUUCCAACAUCCAGAUAAAGCUAGUUGGUGAUUUCACACAUGAUCAGAGUAUUAGCCAGAAGCUGAUGGCUGGGUUUGUGGAAUGUUUGGACAAUGAAGAUGCAGAAGAAUUAAUAAACCCAGAUGAGGAGCUGGAGCCUGAAAAGAAGCGGGCACGAAUCCAUCACGAAACAAGGAUCCAUAUUCUGAAUCUCCUUAUCACCUCUCUUGAGUGUAGUCCUCCCAGCCUUGCUUUGUAUCUCUUGGGAUAUGAACUAAAGAAACCUGUCAGCACUACAAAUCUGCAAGAUCCAGGUGUCUUGGGUUGCCCACGAACUUGCCUUCAUGCUAUUUUGAACAUAUUGGAGAAGGGUACUGAAACAAGGAAUGGGCCUACAGCAGUUCGGGAGUCUCCUCAUCUAGCAGAACUCUGCUACCAGGUGAUCUAUCAGUUGUGUGCAUGCUCUGACACAUCAGGUCCAACUAUGAGAUAUCUGAGGACCAGUCAGGAUUUCUUAUUCACUCAGCUGCAGUAUUUGCCAUUUUCUAUCAAAGAACAUGAGAUUUCAACACUGAACCAAAUGUCUUGGCUGAUGAAGACCGCGGCUAUAGAAAUGCGAGUGACAUCGGUGAACCGCCAGCGCUCCCACACACAGAGACUGCUGCAUCUGCUGCUUGAUGACAUGCCUGUGAAACCGUACUUGGCUGAUGGUGAAGGAGGGAUGGAAGAUGAAAGUCGAUCAGUCAGUGGGUUUCUCCACUUCGACACUGCUUCCAAAGUACGCAGGAAGAUCUUAAGUAUCCUGGAUUCAAUUGACUUCAGUCAGGACAUUCCAGAGCCUUUACAGCUGGAUUUUUUUGACCGAGUUCAGAUUGAACAAGUCAUUGCUAAUUGUGAGCACAAGAACGCACGUGGACAAGUGGUCUGCAAUGUCAAGUACCUUCACAGGGUUCUGGUUGCAGAAGUCAAUGCCCUUCAAGGAAUGGCAGCAAUAGGCCAGAGACCUUUACUUAUGGAGGAGAUCAACACUAUCCUGCAGUACGUAGUGGAGCGGAACAAGCUGCUGCAGUGCCUCCACGCUAAGAGGCAUGCUUUAGAGUCAUGGAGACAACUGGUGGAAAUUAUACUCACUGCCUGCCCCCAGGAUCUCAUACAGGCUGAGGACAGACAACUGAUUAUCCGCGAUCUACUGCAGGAUGUCCAUGACAAGAUCCUUGAUGAUGAUGCAGCUCAGGAGUUGAUGCCGGUGGUGGCAGGGGCUGUGUUCACCUUGACUGCUCACUUGAGCCAGUCUGUGAAAACUGAGCAGAAACAGCCACUUGCACUCCCUGUGGCGGGACAGUCCCAAUAUGUCUUGAUGCUGGAUGGUUCUUUUACCUCAUCACCUGGCUCUGAGAGUAUAUCCAUGGGUUUUGCUUCCAUUGGUGACUCCUCCCUCCAUAUCAUCUUAAAAAAGCUGCUGGAUUUCAUUUUGAAAACAGGUGGUGGCUUCCAGAGAGUGAGGACACACCUUUAUGGAUCACUGCUUUAUUAUUUGCAGAUUGCCCAGAGACCAGAUGAACCAGACACUUUAGAAGCAGCUAAAAAAACGAUGUGGGAACGUCUGACAGCUCCUGAAGAUGUGUUUAGUAAAUUGCAACGAGAAAACAUGGCAAUCAUUGAGAGUUACGGGGCAGCUCUCAUGGAGGUUGUCUGUCGGGAUGCUUGUGAUGGUCAUGAGAUAGGCCGGAUGCUGGCAUUGGCUUUGCUCGAUCGUAUUGUUUCGGUAGACAAGCAGCAGCAGUGGCUGUUGUAUCUCUCCAAUAGUGGCUACCUGAAGGUGCUUGUGGAUAGCCUAGCAGAUGAUGAUCUGACUCUUCAGAGCUUGCUCACACCUCAGCCUCCUUUACUUAAAGCGCUGUACACCUAUGAGUCCAAAAUGGCAUUCCUCACUAGAGUAGCUAAAAGUCAGCAAGGGUCGCUAGAGCUGUUGCGGUCUGGAGUGAUUGUGAGGCUGGCACAGUGUCAAGUGUAUGACAUGCGACCCGAAACAGACCAUCAGGGAAUGUAUGGAAUGAGAGAUCCCCCAGUCUUCAUACGUUAUCGCCAGAUUCUUCUUCCAGCUCUUCAGCUGUGCCAAGUGAUCCUCACAUCCAGCAUGGCACAACACCUGCAAGCAGCAGGACAGGUUCUGCAGUUUCUAAUUUCACAUUCAGAUACUAUCCAGGCAAUCCUGAGGUGUCAAGAUGUUAGUGUUGGAUCUCUCCAGGAGCUGGCCUCCCUGACAGGAAUAAUCAGCAAGGCAGCUUUGCCUGGAGUGCUAAAUGAGCUGGAUGUUGAUGUUAAUGAAGGAACGCAGAUGGAGCUACAAGGACAUAUAGGCCGAUUUCAGCGCCAGUGCUUAGGACUUCUAAGUCGGUUUGGUGGUUCAGACAGACUACGUCAGUUUAAAUUGCAAGAUGAUAAUGCAGAGGGAGACAGAGUGAACAAGAGGGAUGAAACUGAGUUGGCCAUGCAACAGAUCUGUGCAAAUGUGAUGGAAUACUGUGAGUCACUUAUGCUGCAAAGCGCCCCCAGUUUUCAGCACGCUGUUUGUCUGUUUACUCCAAGCUUGUCAGAAUCAACCAACCGAGAUGGGCCUCGUCAGGAUACACAAGCACCAGUGGUCCCAUACUGGCACUUGCCUGGCUUGGGCAUUAUCGUCUACCUGCUGAAACAGAGCACGAGUGAUUUCUUCAGUUACUAUGAUAGCCAUCGUCAGAGUGUUAACAAACUGCAAAACGUGGAGCAACUGCCACCAGAUGAAAUAAAAGAGCUGUGUCAGUCAGUUAUGCCAGCUGGGGUUGACAAAAUCUCCACUUCCCAAAAAUACGUUUUGGCAAGGCGACGCCUGGUGAAGCUAAUAAACAACCGAGCCAAGCUCCUUUCCCUCUGUUCUUAUAUUAUAGAAACGUGUCUCUUCAUUCUCUGGCGUCAUCUGGAACACUAUCUACUGCAUUGCACACCCACUGACUCCCAAGACCCCCUGCUGUCCUCCAGGAUGUCAUUUAAGAAAGGAAGGCUGCAAGAUUCCUUUGGUUCAGAGCCAAACUUGGAUUUCAGUAGCGGACUGAAUCGAGUGAGCCAGCACGAUAUAGAACAGCUUCAGAUUGAAGCCACAAACAGCUUUGGUGAAUCUCUGCAGAAGAAGCUUCUGGACAUCGAAGGGUUAUAUUCUAAGGUUCGGUCAAGGUACACCUUUAUUCAAGCUCUUGUUAGACGCAUCCGUGGACUCCUAAGGAUAUCCAGGACCUAAAAGACUCUGAUACAUACGUGUUGCUUGCCCCUUGAAGCAGUGUGCUAGGGCAGGCCUUCUGGAUCAUCAGAUUUUAUAGAUCAUACAUUUUCUAAAUAAUGUCAAAAAUAUUUUGUUACUUUUUUUUUUCUUAUCCCUAUGGAUCAGUUUUGUGUAUUCUUUCCUACUGCUCUCAACUUGACAAGAAAAAUAAAGGAUUGUUUUUAA